CCAGCGGCAGAGAGGAACUCUCUGAGUGCCCUUCUCUCCUCCUGGCCAGCGCCGAGAAGCCGACAGCAAAGCGGCGCUGUCUUCGGGUCCCUGGGACCUUGCCCCGCCCCGCCCUCUCAACACCUGACCCAGGGGAACCUCCCGGGCUCGCAGCGCAGCCAAUGGGAGCGGUGGGCGGAGGACAGCUGCCCUUUAAGGAGCGGCCCAGCCUUCCCCAGGCACCCAGCGCCCGGAGAGCAGCAGCAUCCCUGCCUUUGUCACUAUGUCCCUGCAGGCAGAUUUUGACAGGGCCACAGAAGAUGUGAAGAAGCUGAAAACAAGACCAGAGGAUGAAGAACUGAAGGAAAUCUAUGGCCUUUACAAGCAAGCUGUCAUUGGAGACAUUGAUAUUGCAUGUCCAGCACUGUUGGAUGUCAAAGGCAGGGCGAAGUGGGAAGCAUGGAGCUUCCAAAAAGGGUUGUCCAAGGAGGAUGCCAUGAGUGCCUAUAUUUCUAAAGCCAAAGAGCUGAUUGAAAAAUAUGGAAUUUAAAGUGCAAUAGAUGAGAAUGUGCUCCUUCUGAAGUCUUCAUAAUGACCCUACCUACAGGGCUGGGGCUGGGGCUCAGUGGCAGAGCACUUGCCUAGCAUGUGUGAGGCACUGGGUUCGAUCCUUAGCACCAAUAUAAAAAUAAACAAAUAAAAUAAAGGAAUUCUGUCCAUCUAUAAUUAUAAAAAAUUUAAAAGGCCCUACUUACAUUAUUUUAAAAUAGUAAGAAAGAAUGAGUUCAUGUUAUGUGAUUGUAAACAAGUAGAUGCUUUAAAAGUUAACAUUUUAAUAUAUAAUGUUAUGUUAAGCAGUGUGGAAUAUGAGAAAAUGACAUCAAUCACACUAGGUAGUGGAGUUUAGUGUAAAGAAGUGAAAGAAAUAAGGAAACUGGGGGAGUGAAUCUGAUUGCAUUAGUCAGGCCUUGAAGAGAGGAACUAGUUUGGGAAUUGAGAGAGUUCAGGGUCCAGGGAUAAUAAUUCCAAGCAUUUCCCCCAUCACCCAUUUUCACCAGUAAAAUAACUGAGGAGGGCUGGUGGAGGGUAUAUCUCAGUAACAGAACACUUGCCUGGCAUGCACAAGGCCCUGGUUUUGAUCCCCAGCACUGGAAAAAAAAUUGAAGGAAAAAUAAUACUUUACCAAGCAUGAAUUUUGUUGACAAACUUCCCACAAAUGAGAAUUAAGUGGAAUUCUAAUAGAAAGAUAAAGGACUUUGCCAGAAGUGUUCCUUGCCUACUUGCCUUUCAUCCACAGAUACAUAAAUAAUCCAUGGAGAAAUACAUUUAUUCAUAUGUAGUAAAUCACCCUGACAGUAGAAAAUGUGUGACUCCCAAUCUCUAAAACUGCCGAGCUGCAUCUGUGUAAACAAGAAGACUAUUGUAAGGCCAAAAGGAAAAAUGCCUAAAAGUUGGCAAGCAAUGAUAGUUCUAGACACUUGGUUAUGUAGUUCUUGAUGAAGUUUUCCUUGUCAAGUUCCAGAAGAUAAAAGAGAUUUCCCGACAGCACAUGAGUAUCAACAUUUCCACUGGUUAUAUCUUUGCAGACUAAAACAAAAUUUUAUUUAAUAACAACAAAUGACAUUUACCAGUACAAGUAAAGACUUAUUUCCACAUAUUAUUUCUCUAGGAGCUGAUAUCCAGUGGUAGAGUUACUUUCAAGGUGUCAGGUUCUUUGUGUUCUAUAUCUUUAAUUUCUCUAAGACCUACCAGUAUACAGUGGUAUUACUUGUGUUCUUUCAUUUUACAUGAGAUCAGUACCUCUCCAUAAAAGGGGAUGAACUUUGUAUUCACAGCAGUAACUGUUAGUUGACAUUUGCUGAAAACCAUAAAACACACAUUUUAAUAAAUACCCAGAAGUAUAAAAAUAAUUUUACCUGCUACAUCCUUUGCUAGAUCUUUAGAUCCAACAAAGCAUGUUAAGUGAGUCACAAGAAAGAACAGCCUUAAAGAGGUACAAGCGAGAGAGAGUUAGUUAAGCAAUAUCCUGCGGAACCUCUUCCUGUUAAUAGCACCACUGACAUGAAACAGGAGGCCUCACCUUUGACUCUUCCACAGUGCAAACAUUUUUUCACUGGGGCAUUUCUUUCUAUCAGAAACUGCCUGAGCCUCACUGUGAUCCAAGCCAUUUUCCAACCUCAUCUAAGUUCUAGAAUGUACAGCUGGCAGCAGGAUGGUGCUGGGGGGCCCAGGGUCAGGGUGAGGCUAGUUUCAACCAGUGCUGUUGACUGUUGUAGCCCAGAUAUGACCUCCCUGAUUCCUCCCAGCUCUCUCCAUGGCCCAGUAAAGGUUCUGGGGACCUGCAAAUAAAUAAAUUCAGGCCCUGCCCUCCUAUUUCUGAGACACUGGCCGGGGAGAGAUGUAAAUGGAAUAAUCAGACAACUGAAGACAGAUGGAAGUACUACCAAGCCAGGUGAUUGGAGAACAUAGGAGACAUGGGGACAGGCUAGGGCGAAGGUGGGUCUCCCUGAGGAAGUGGAGUGCAUCUGAGUUCUCAAUGAAUAGGAAAGAACUGAGUGAAUGGAAUGAAGGCUGCAGGGAAAGAGAAAAGGAGUUUGAUUUGUUGCUCAGAGAAUAAAGUGGUUAUUGGGAGAAAUCAAGGUGAAGUAGUAUGCAAGAGCCGGGGGCAGGCCACAUAGAGGACUGUGGUCAUCCCAAGAAUAAAGUCACGAUCAAACUUGACUCUCAUCCUCCUGGAUAUAGUGCAGGGAAUGGACUGGGAGGGCACAAGGUGCAUAAGAGAACCAACUGAGGGGCUCUUUGAAUAGUCCAGGUGAGGAUUUCUCUUCUGCCUGGGAUGUAAAAACUAGGAGCGCGACUCCCACCCUCAAGAUGAGGGGGGAAAACAACAGAUAACUCAUGGGAAGCUGUGGUGCAGGGUGCACUACAGGCCCUUUAAGGAGAGGUGGGGUGCCAUAGGCUCCAUCCUGGCCAAGUGCACAAAGAGGCUCUAAAAUCAGCUAGAGUUUUGACAGGGGUUGGGGACAACGAUAGUGAAGUUGGAGCAUGUUGAAAAUGAAAUCACUUAAAAUUAAGCAUAGAGGGAACAUGACCAAAAACCAACCAAACAAACAAAAACCCGUGUCCUGUGGGUAUAAUCUCAUUCACUUCAACAUAAGUGUAGCUCAAGUCCCAGGACAGUGGAGAAGAACAAAAUAGAAAGACAUUUGAAGAAAUAAUGGCUGAAUAUUUCCAAAUUUGACAAAAAUUAUAAAGUCACACAUCCAAGGAGCUCAAGAAACCCAAACAGAAUAAGCAGUGAAAAAUACAUCGAGGCAGGUUGUAAUCAAAUUGAUAAAAUACAUUUAAAAAACCCAGAGGACAAUAUGGACAAUUGUCAAGCUGGAAUUCUUAACUUGUGACUAUAUUUCUAAAGUGAAAAAUAAAGGCAUUUUUAGACACAAAAACCAAGAGAAUUCUAUGCAUCAGACUUGCACUUAAAUAUUAAAAAGAACUUCUUUUAGGCAGAACAAAAAUAUCAGAUGAAAUUUGGAUCUACUUGAAGAAAGAAAAUGAUAUAAAUAAAUAUAAAAGGAUUUUUCUGAUUUUUAAGUCACUUAAAUCACCACUGACUACACAAAAACAAUAUGUAGUAAUUUGUAUAUUAUGAAAGCACAAAGUUCAAGAUAGGGAAUAGAGUGACAUUCUUUUCCCUCUUGUAAGGUACUAAAGGUAUUAAAAAUAAAGUGGUAAAAUAAAUUGAAGGUAGAUUGAGAUAACUUAAAGAUGUAUGUUUUGGAUUCUAAACAAACACUAAAGGAACAAAACAGUGAUUUAUAGCUAACAACCCAAUGAUGGAGUAAAAAUUUUAAAAAAAUUAAAAAUUAAUCCAUAAGAAAAGAGAAGAUGAAAGAAAAAACAAAACCAUGGGACAAAUUUAAAACAAAUUGCAAGAUGAUAGACUUAAAUGUAACCAUAUUAAUAAUUAAAAUGACAUGAUAGAUUCCAAUACUGCAGCUACAAGGCAAAGAUGACUGACUUACAAAGCAAAAUCUAUCUACAUGCUGUCAACAAGGGACACAGAGAAAAAGUACAAGAAUGGGAUAAGAUAAACCAUGCAAACAAUAAUAAAAGAAAUGGGAAUGGCUGUAAUUAGUAUCAGAACAACAACACAAAAGACUUGAAAAUAAGAGGCUGGAUGAAGUGGUGCACACCUGUAACCCCAGUGACUUGGGAGGCUGAGGUAAGAAGGUUGAGGCCAAGCUCAGAACUUAGUGAGACCCUCAGCAACUUAGUGAGACACUGUCUUAAAAUACAAAAUAAAAAUUAAUACAACCACUGUGGAAAGCAGUGUGGAGACUCCUCAAAAAAAAUAGACACAAAAAACCCUAGGAAUGGAAGCACAAUAUGACUCAACUAUCUCACUCCUUGAUAUUUGUCCAAAAGAACUAAAAUCAGCACACUAUAGCCAUAUAGCCACUUCACUGUUUAGAGCAGCACAGUUUACAACAGCCAAAUUAUGGGAUCCACCUGGAUGCCCAUCAACAAAUGAAUGGGUCAAGAAAACCUAUAGAUAUAAUAACAUAUAUAUAGCUAUAUAGAUAUAUCCACACAAUGAAGUUUUACUCAGCCAUAAAGAAGAAUGUAAUAAUGGUAUUUGCAGGUAAUGGAAGGAAAUGUAGAAAUUCAUGUUAAGCAAAAUAAGCCAGACUCAGAAAAUCAAGAGCCCAGUGUUUUCUUGCAUAUGUGAAAGCUAGGGCCAAGUAAGGGAAAGAAGGUGGUGAGGGAGGGGAUAAGAUAUCUUGAAGAUAUAGGGUCGAUCAGUGGAGGAGAAGAACAAGAGGGAUGGAAGAAAGAAGG